GAUAUCCCUUGCAAAAUGGGAAAACUUAACAAAAAGCUUCCAAAACCCAAACUGUUUUUAAAGCCUGGCGACGAUAGCAAUAAGGUGAAAGGGCCUUUUCCCAUCUAUCGCACAACGCCGGUGCUACUAAACGGGCCCGAAACAACCAGCUUUAAGAUUAUCGAAAGCAAACCGAAGAAGGACAGUGGCACGAAAAGCAGUCCGCCUCCGCCGGCAGAUAAAUCACCUAAAAAAGCUGACAAAUUACCCGCUGAUGUGCCAGAACAAGAUGAGGGAGUGAAAACCAAAAAGCUCCGCAAGCUAGCCAUUUCCCGUCUGUCGAAGAAGGAAAAGAAACAAUUCCGCAAGGAGGAAAUGCUGAAAAAGGUCGAACUUACAAAGCAAGCGUUCAAGCAGGAUAAGGAUCGUAAGAAGCGCGAACAGACGGCUAUCACCGGUGAUUUGAAGCCGUUGCUGGAUGCACUACCAUCGCUAGAAUCGUUGUUUGAGGUAAAAUCGGCAGCAGCACUCAAGACAGGUGUACCGAAGUACGACAAGAAGGCGGAACCGAAAACGAGGAAACAGCGUCAAACGGAGCGAAGGAAUCAAAGCAAGCGAGAAUUUAUGAAACGCUGUCGUACCAUGAAAAGGGUGCUGAACGAUAAAGCGUUCAAACAGGAUCCGAAAAAAAUGGUCGCUGCGCAUAUUAAGAAUGUACGCAAGGAGCAGGUGGAACGGUUGAUGAAAAGUGUUUCGUGAGCCGCGUA